AUUUAUAAUUAUCUUUCUUACAAAAAGUAGAUUUCUCCAAAUUAGGGUUUUGCUUCUCAAUCCCCUGUUCACUUCGUCAAAGCUUACAACUAUGGCGAAGAACAGAAACAAAAAGAAGAAGAAUUCUGAUAAAGCUCCUAUGGAUACUACCGAGGUUUCCGUUACUGAUAUACCCCAAGCCAUGGAUACUUCUGAAUCGAGGGAAGGAGUUUCUAUUCUUCUUGCCAGGAAAGUAAAGAAGGGGGUUCAAAUGAAGAGGUCAAAGAAUGUGAGAAGGAAAAAAGCUAUUGCAAAAGCGAUUGCAAAGGAUGAAAAGUCCUCGGAAAAAGUCGUGAAGCUUGAAACCAAGAAAAUGAGAGUUCAUUCAGCAAAGUCCUUAUAUGACUGACUUGCUACUUGCUAGUUAACAUGGAUUGAUAUACUCCGUUCCAAAAAGCAUGAAAUCUACAUAGACCGUACCAUCUCUAUGUGCUUUUUGCUCUGGGAAAAGUUUAAGGGUAUCAAGAUACCAUUAGGAGUUCUCUUGCACACUUAUGGAGUAAGAAUCUGAAGUUUUGCAAUCCUUAGGUGCCUUUUCCUGUAUAAAUUCAUUAGAGCUUGAGGUUGUUAGAACAUUUGAAUCUAUUUCAACCAGGAGAAUAUACGCAAUUUUUAAGAA